ACCAUUCUUCAACACACGUCAAGCCAUUUCAUCUCGCAGAUCCCCAUUCCUCAUCCUCACAUUAAUCUUAUUCUCCGGAGUCAUCGUUUUUCUCACAUCGUUUAGAAAACUUAGCUGCCUUAACAAAAACCCUAUAUCUAAUCGCGUGCUAUGGGAUCACGGCACCGUGCUCACUGGUGGCCAAAAUGUGGUUGCUGAUAAUAGGCAUAAGGUAAUGGCCUUUGUGGGAAUUCAUACUGGGUUUAGCUCUGUUGGUAGACGUCAAUCUUUGAGGAAGACUUGGUUUCCUUCAGAUCCUGAUGGACAUAAACGCUUGGAAGAAGCCACUGGUAUGGCUUUUAGGUUUAUUAUUGGUAGAACAAAUGAUAAGUCGAAGAUGUCUGCGCUUAAGCGAGAAAUAGCUGAAUACGAUGAUUUCAUUCAAUUGGAUAUUGAAGAUGAAUACAGCAAGCUCACAUACAAAACGUUGGCUUUCUUUAAAGUUUCUUAUGCUCUUUUCGAAGCCGAAUUUUAUGUCAAAGUUGAUGAUGACAUAUAUAUAAGGCCAGAUCGUCUUUCAUUACUACUUGCUAAAGAGAGGUCUCAUUUACAAACGUACAUUGGAUGCAUGAAAAAGGGGGAUGUUUUCACCGAUCCAGAACACAGAUGGUAUGAGCCGCUAUAUAGUUUGACCGGAAAGGAGUAUUUUUUAUAUGCUUAUGGUGCUAUAUAUGCUCUUUCUACUGAUAUUGUAUCAAACUUGGUUGCUUUUAGGAAUAACAGUUUUCGGAUGUUCAGCAAUGAGGAUGUUACCCUUGGAGCUUGGAUGCUUGCAAUGAAUGUAAAUCACGAGGAUGCUCGCGAACUUUGUGCUCCAGAGUGUACAUUGACAUCAAUUGCUGUGUGGGAUAUUCCAAAGUGUUCAGGUCUUUGUAAUCCAGAACAAAGAAUGUUGGAACUUCAUCAAAUGGACACCUGCAUUCAUAGUCCCACUAUGGAAUCUGAUAAAUAG